GGGAGCGUUCUGCUUCGUCGCGUCGCUCGCUUGCUCGCAGUGUAGAUGAAGUCAAACGCUUGGCCAAUCGCUUUCGAGGGAAAAGUGAGCGAAAGGAAUUCCCCACGCAGUGAAAACAGUGUAACCUUAUGUUGCAGAAAGUGACGAAGCUUGCUUUUAGAGCUCAGAACAAUGAACUUUCACCACAUUGUUUUCUGUCGCCAAAGAGAAUGAAAUCAUUUAGAUUCAAGAAGAUCCCUUAAACUAAAGUGGACAGGAGGACUCAAAUUAUACCAGAUUGCCAAGGAAUUGUUUCAUUGAAAUGGUCGCAGUGUAUCCACCACUCAGCCCACGUUAAACCUUAAACUGCUGAACUUUCUAUCUGUAAGUUGUGACACAAUAGGAUAAAAAGAGGUGUAGAUGCCCGAGACACACCUGGAGCAGCACUGUGUCUCAGAGCUAGAAGAACCCUCCUCCAUCACACAGUCUCCAUUGCUCUGAAUUCUCCACCACCCUGUUCAUCACUUCAGCUGGAAAAAAAACUUCAGUGGUGUGCAAGACCAAAAAGAGAACUCUGUUUUUACCUAACAGUGCCUCUCAUUUUGUGAAAGCAGAAGAUUACUUCAGCAGUGUUGCUGCCACAGAGUGCUUCCUGUGCCGAGGGGUGUGGUGCGGAGCUAAGCAGUCCAGGUAGUGUGCGGAGGGGUAGGAACCCUCUGCCCAUCAGCCAGUGUCCUAACCUCUCCCUACAACACCAUGACCACUGCAGUCCAGUCCAGCGAGCUCGUCUUUGAGUUCGCCAGCAAUGGGAUGGAUGAAAUCAAUCAGCUGGAUGACCCUUCAGUGUUCCCAGCGGUGAUCGUGGAGCAAGUGCCCGCCGCCGACCUCAUGCAGGUAUACUCUGGACUGGAGGCCGAUGAGGUGACUAAUGGCAUCAUGGUAGACACCAUUCAGGAUGUGGUGGAAGAGAACAUCAUGGGAGAUGUGGGCCUGUCCGUAGAGACCUCCGUUUCAGGUGGAGAGGACAAUAUGGAGACCAUUGAGGCGGCUGAAGCCCUGCUGAAUAUGGAAUCUCCUAAUAACAUCCUGGACGAAAAGCGCAUGAUUCACACAUAUGGGACAAUGCUGGACUCAGACCUGACCUACAUUUCCCUGCGUCCAGAGCAGCCCUUAAAUGGCUGCAUGGAUGUUCAUCUGGAUGAGGAAACAUCCUCCAUGGAUGAGAACCCUUCAAAGAACCCCUCCAAGCCUGCCAGGAAAACCAAAGUGCGUAAACCUAGGCCAGUGCGGCCUUGCUCUCCCAUCUCCAAUCCCUCUCUCCCACUGAAGAAAAAAAGCAAAGAGGGCAAAGGUAACACUAUCUACCUGUGGGAGUUCCUCCUGGCCUUGCUACAAGACAAAAACACCUGUCCCAAAUACAUCAAGUGGACACAGAGAGAGAAGGGCAUUUUCAAGCUGGUGGACUCCAAGGCUGUGUCUAAGCUGUGGGGCAAUCACAAAAACAAGCCUGAUAUGAACUACGAGACCAUGGGCAGAGCACUCAGAUACUAUUACCAGAGGGGUAUACUGGCCAAGGUUGAAGGACAGAGGCUUGUUUACCAGUUUAAGGAAAUGCCCUCAGAUCUAGUCAUUAUUGAUGAGGAUGAUAGUCAAGGGGAUGACCCCAGCCAUGGGUACGGACGGAACGUGGGGCGCAGUACAUCACGUGCACAAGGGAGAAGCUCUGGAGGCACACAGGUGAGGUCGGUAAAGAGAGAGAUGAGCCCCGGGCUGACCAGAAAUGGAAAACAAGCAGAACAUCUAAUGCAGACUGUCCAUGUUCUUCAGCCAAAUCAGGGAGCUGCUGUCCCAGCGCCAACACACUCCGUAAGGACUAUUAAUAUGCCAGGCUCUGUUCCCAUGGUCCUCACGUCUGGGGCCCAAGGAGGAGGUCCUGUCACCAUGCAGACCCUGCCCCUGUCCUCUGUCCUGACCAAUGCGGAUUCCUCCACACAUGCCUCCCCACCUCGGGUCAUUCUCCACACAGUGCCUUCCACCAGCCCUGGGGGUAAAGAUGUGCUCACCAUCCAGACUGCCUCUCUGACAACUGACAGCAUCCAGCACCAGCAGCUCCUCGUGUCUCUGGGCUCGUCCAGCGGAGGGGUCAUUAGCACCAUGCCACAGCAAGCCGGGUCUCUUAAUGGACUCACCCGCCUAGUCACCCUCAAUGCCAAUGGGCAGCCCGUAGUGGCCCAGCAGCCUGGAACAGUCAUCGCCACUGUCCUAAAGCCCAGCGAGCUUCAAGGCUUACAGGUAAAAGAGGAGAUCCUUGACCCCCACUAUUUUCAGUCUCUGGUCAACAGCCACCCCACCGUGGCCUCAUACUGCAAAGAGGAGAUGGAUGAUGGAAUGGCGGAGCUAAACUACAGGACUGUGAUCAUCAGCAGUGCAGGUCAAGAGCUGAGUCAGACUCUCAACGGACACUCAGACAUGGGCUUGCAGCUGGCCAGCAGCCCCAGUGAGGGUCUUACCCCUGUGGAGGAGCUGGAGGUGAGGGGAGAAGUGGCCCUGCAUCCAGAGCCUGAGGCCAAAGAUCUGUUGGAGACCUCUGAAGGCCUGCAAGAUCUGCCAGUCUCCAUACAGAUACCUGCCUCCCACUUCAUCCAGGUAAAAGCGGAGCCUGCUGAGACCUAAACUAUGAGCAAAAGCAGAGGAACAUGAACACAAUCGACCAACACAUGAAAACAAAGACGUGGUUUAUUUUCAGUGGAGCAGAUUAUAUGUAUUUUAUUGCUCUCGAUUGUUAGAAUCGGCGUUGACCUGAAGACUGUUGUUUACUCAAAGUGAUUGUGCCUAAAUCUGAACAUUUAAGGGAUAGUGACCACAUUGUCAUAAAAGCUCUUUUGGCUUGCUCUCUGUCACCCACUCCAAAACCAACAGAAGAGCAGCCAUUCUCUAACCAGGGAUAUUUCCACCAUAUGUGCCAGUUGAGAUGUUUCUGUCUCUGCUAACUCAUCUCCACAGACAAAUCCAAAGACUUUAUCCAACAGAGGGACCAAAGGAGGAGUUGGUGGUUAGCCAAAAUGAAACCAACAACACACCAUUGAUUUUAGAAUAAAGACCACAGUUGCUUGGGACUUGCAAGAUAAAGAAACAUUUGUUUCUCUCUGAUGUAGCUCCAUUCCCAUGGACUUCAAAUCCCCAAAAGUAUGCCUUUUGGAAUAAGACUGAGAGUGCCUCAUGAAAAGCCUGUAGGUGGUUAAUACUUUUUUUGAACUGAUGUUUUGAAGGGGAAAAUUAUAUGAUUCACUUUGUUUUUGUUAGAGAAUAAUGACAUGAUCUCAUCUACCCCAUAUAAUAAUGCCGACCAGGUUAGUAUCUUUCCAUCGCACGCAAAUGUAAAGCACUGUGCUUUCAUGGAAAUGGGCAUUCCCUGUCCAAAGAGACAGUUCAAGUAGACUUUGUUUGUAUAUAGUAAACGACUGGAGAUUAUAGUGACAAAUUCCCAAAUCAUCUGCUAAAGUAUUUCCCUAUUAUAAUCUUGUUAAUAUGAAAUGGAACGCAGUGUGUGUGUAAUGUAAUAUAUAUAUAUAUAUAUAUACACACACACACACACAACUGAGAUUCAAUUUAUGGCCACAAAUUUAUUUAUUUUCUGAAUUUCUAAAUUCUGUGUAAAAAAAAAUAAAUAAAAAUGCUUUUUUAAACAAAUGCAAAAAUGAGGGAAAAUGAAUAUGCAGUAUGUAGGGCUAAUUUUACCCAUAACAAAGAAAGUCCAGUAUGUUUAUUGUAAGUUGUAUUUUUCAAUGUAAAGCAUUCCAUGUAAUCUGCACAUCUUUCAUAUUGUAUCUAUUUUUCAUCAUAAGGGGAUAUGAAAGUAGUUUUGUGAGACUGAGCUUUAUCAUGCUGUUCUUAUACACUGUGAUGUGUUUAAAGCCAUUUUUACAGAGCGUACUUGUUAUAAAUGCUGUUCUUUGGUUUCUGCCUUUAAGCUGACAUACUUUUACCCCGUAUCAACUGUGUAUCACUUGAACGAUGCAUUCCCUAACACCUGUUUUUCAGGACAAAGUUUAUCAUCGACUUUGUCGCGAGCACAGCUGGUGCUGUCUGUGACAUUUAGGCUGAUGCUUCUAGGUUGACUUGUUAAAUGUAUUUAUUUGUAGUGUGGAUGUAGUCUUCUGUCUACGGCCUCUGUCCCUUCCUCGCCUCUUUUAAUAUCCAAUGAAUCUAGAGCACACUUUCUUAAUAGAUGCAUUUCCACUAGUAGACAGUGUGGAUGUUGCAGCCGUGUUGAUCCUGAACUAAAUUUGUUGUAAAUUAGAAGUGACUGAAGUUGUGGACUCCCUGAAGCCCAGAUCCUAGGCAGCAGGUCUCUGCCUAUAAUUCAGUUUGACUAAUAUAGGAGAUCUGCUAAAUUUUUAUGGUGCCGCUCUGACAAUCAUGGCUACACCAUGUAUUAUGCAAUAUUACAGCAAGACAAUCUGUGACCUCGUUCAUAAUGUAAGAAAAAUGCCCUGUGCACUGCAAUCUGGCCAGCAUAUGGUCUUUAUACCUGCUUUGUCUGAAAUUGCUGACCACAGAAAUAGAGAUCAUUAGAUUAUGGGUAAAGGUAUGCCAUUGCUCUUGCUGUAAUUUCAUCUUGCCUUUUCUUGGGGCUUUUCUUUGUUUUCAAUGUUCUUAUAGUAGAUUAGAUUUGUUUUCUUUAAAAAAAUAAAAAUAAAAAAAAAAGACAGCCAAAGGAGAUGAAAUAUAAUAAAACAAAUUUUGCCUUAA